AUGCCAAGAGCAAACCUUGCAUUGAUCGCUCCCACUGCCCUUGUUCUCUUUAUGUUCCUUGAUACUGGCAUCGCCAGAAAAGAAGGAAAGCGCUGGACCCCCUCCUCUUGCGGAACUAUAACUAAUAUCAGCAGCCCUUUCUGUUUAAAAGAUGACUCUUCUUCGUGUGGCGACCAUACUUAUGAAUUGGCGUGCGAGAAUAAUCGCACCACUUUUACUACGAAAUAUGGGAAAUUCUAUGUCGAGGAGAUCUCUUAUGAUGACCAAAAGAUUCGAUUGGUGGACGAUGGUCUGGAGAAGGAUAAGUGCUCUAUUCCUCGCAAUUCCUUGAUUCUCUAUAAGAUUUAUCGUGGAAUUUUUUUAUCAUUUUGCUUUCAUCGGAGUCUUUCAUAUAUAUACUUUCUAAAUUGCAAGGUACCUAUAAACUCUUCGAUCUAUAUCGAUGCCUCUCCUUGCACCAACAGCUCGUCCUCUCCAAAUCCCCAUUUUUUUUAUGCUAUAUUAAGUUAUGAAGCAGAUAUGAAGUUUUCCGAUUUCAAUGAAUCCUGCAAAGUUGAGGUCCAGGUUCCGGCCCCGCUAGGUCUAUUUCUUAAUAUCAACAGUACGUCUAUUUUCGAUAUUUACAACGAACUCUCGAGAGGCAUGGAAGUGUGCUGGCAGUCCACUUCUAACGGUUUAUUUAGUUCAUUUAUUUACAGAAUUUAUCACUGGUGGUAUUUGAUCGUUUACGAAUAUCUUCAUCUUGGAAUUAUUUUAUCGGGCGGGUGGUUAUUGUCCGGUGAGAUCACUUAUUACGUUCUUAGGAUUCCUAUAGAAUCAGGUAAAUUUCAAGACGUCUAUCGCUUGAUCAGUGAGAAUCAGUCUCCCCUCUUUCUUACGGUUUGA